CACGGGUUUAUUGCCUGUUUACGACAGCUCAGAUUUCAGUUCUACAGGCAAAUGGCAAGGAAUAAGUCAAAGCAGAUCGGAGGCCCGAAACGCCAUCUGGAGAACCAACCGUCUUUUGAGCCCCUCGCUGGGGCAGAAUAUGUUGUCGACGAGAAGUUUCGGAGAGUCAAACCGUACUACUUUGAAUACCGUACAAACGCUAAAGAGCGAUGGAGAGACAGAAAUAUCUUGGAUGUGUUCGUCACUGAGUUUCGCAGCCAUACGGACGAUUACUACAAGAUGACCAUCGAGAAGGGUUUAAUCCUAGUCAACGAAAAGCCUGCAGCGCUGGACACAAUUGUGAAGAACGGUGACGUGAUCACUCACAAAGUACACCGUCACGAACCGGCCGUGACCUCGAAACCCAUUGGGAUCAUUUACAAAGACGAAGAUUUGCUAGUCAUCGACAAGCCAGCAGGUGUUCCUGUACACCCAGCUGGCAGAUACCGACACAACUCCGUUAUCCAUAUCCUGAGAGUGGAUUAUGGCAUCGACGUGGUUGCACCGUGUAACAGACUGGACAGAUUGACGUCCGGCAUUAUGUUCCUUGCUAUGAGUCGCAAGGGCGCCGAAGACAUGACUAAACAACUUGUUGAGCGUACAAUCAAGAAAGAGUACGUCUGUAAAGUCUACGGAGAAUUCCCAGACGGCGAGAUCGUUUGUGACCAGCCGAUUCUCACUGUAUCUGCCAAGCUCUCUCUCAACCGGGUGAAGCCAGACGGAAGGGACUCAAAAACCAUUUUCCAAAGGCUUCGGUACGAUCCAGCAACCAACAUGUCUAUUGUCCACGCCAAGCCUCUAUCAGGGCGUACCCACCAGAUCCGAGUGCACUUGCAAUGGUUGGGGUAUCCUAUUGCAAAUGAUCCGAUUUACGCCAACCCCCGUGUCUGGGGUCCGGAAUUCGGAAAAGGGGGUGCAGGGGAUGACGAAGAGAUCAAGGCGAAGUUGCACUUAAUGGGCCGUGGAGAGCCCGCAGAUACCAUAGCGUGGAAGGCUGCGAGGAAGGAAGGUGAGGAACCAACAGGAGAGGUUCUAGAUGGAUCACUUUGUGAGAUAUGCGAGGUGCCGCUAUAUUCCGACCCGGCGGAGCAUGAGAUGGGAUUGUGGUUACAUGCAUUCAAGUACGCUGCUGAAGACGGAAGUUGGGGCUGGCAUACAGAAGUACCGGAUUGGGCAAAGGAGUUCGGUGUACUGAAGAUUGGUAAAGAUUCGGAGGAAGCUGGUGUUGCGAGUGAAGUCGUAGAGGCGAAGCAGGCAGUGGGUGUUGAGGAGCAGCCUGAAGCCAAAAGACUGAAAACCGACUCAGACGCACCAAAGAGCUUGUGGGAUAAGUUUUGUAAUUUCUUUCGGUAAGGGCGUGAUCUGC